GGUCAACAAUUAAGAUAAUCACGAGCAAGCCACAAAGAGAGAUUUUACAGGGACAACUGUCAAAGAGGAGGGGGGAAGAAGAAAAGGCUGAGAGCAGUCACAUGAUUUCCAACAGCCCAAAGGGACCAGUCGCAUCUGUAUCCAUAAUAAAAGCUUGCAGCGUAGGAGGCCAGUAUGCGAGGAUCAGCUCAGAAAUUCGUUUGAUCGUAUCAUUGAUCGGCGACAUGGAAGGGGGAAAACUCGUGAGGUUGCAUGUUCAUCGUCAAUGCAAUAUACCAACUGAAGAAGGAACUCAAUUUUGGGAGCUGAGGUGAUAUAAAGAAAAUCCAAAUAGGUAUGACAGAAGGAGCAGAGGUGUAUUGUGAAGAAAAGAGUGACAGAAGUGAUCAGGAACAGGCUGAAAACGCAUCUGUAGUGUCUUUUGACUUAAAUGAAGAAGCCAGCAGUCAAGACGAUGAUAAUAUCGCAGAGGUAGCUGAACUCAGCGGUGAGGAUAAUGAUAAAAGAACAGACGGGAAUUCAGCCAACAAUGAUACCUCUGGUGAUGGUGAAGGAAAUGAAAGGACGGCUAAAGUUAGGCAAUACGUUAGAUCCAAAAUGCCUCGGCUUCGAUGGACUCCUGACCUCCAUCUAUCUUUUGUUCAUGCUGUUGAAAGGCUCGGUGGACAAGAGAGAGCAACUCCCAAAUUAGUUCUUCAGCUAAUGAACGUUAGAGGACUCAGUAUUGCCCAUGUAAAGAGUCACUUGCAGAUGUACAGAAGUAAGAAGCUUGAUGAGGCCGGGCAAGUACUAGGUCAAACUUACAGACCAUUGCAAGCUGGAAGAAAUCAUAUUCAAAGCAUGUCGCACCAAACAACGAGUAUUCAUCAACAAUUCAGAAUGGAGAAUGGAGGAAUAGUUCUAGCAAGACAUUCUGAUGAGUAUAAUGUUGCUCAGGGUAUUUUGCAGUCUUCACUCUCCCAACUACCGUUAGAUAUCAAAGCUAGCUUUCCAAGGCAGCAGCAGUACUGGCCUACUAAUCAGCAUGGCGUAACAAGGCAAAGUUACAUAAUAAGCAAAGAUGUGGGACGAGACAAAGGUUUGAUCAGCUCAACUGCCUUCCAAACGCAAAGCAAGUUAUCAGCUUCAAACCAAACUCCUCCAAUGGAUACGAGCAUGGGAAUAGGUCCCAUUAGACCUAGCCGAUUUCUUGAGGAAAAGAGAUGGCCUCCAUUCGAAAUGAUUAGUGGUCCAUGGAAAGUAAAAAUGGCUCCUACUAAUAUUGCGUGGGUUAGUGACGGGACCAAGUUCGUUGAGGAAACCUACAAUACGAGACCCACUGAAUGGAAUCUUGUAAACAAGACAAAGGUUAGACAGUUGCCAUCAACCACAGACGAUGUUGUCAGCAAUUCCAUUAGCUUCAAACCAGAGUUUGAGCCCCCAUUUCGGCUUGAGUUGAAUGAAGAGAGAAAAUUGAAGGACAAAGAACGGUUUCCUGAUCUUCAGCUAAGACUUAGCCAGAGAGUUGGGGUAGACGAUGAUGAUGAGAGUAUGCAUGAAGAAGGAACACAUGAAAUUAGCACUAAGCUUGCUCUUUCUUAGCUCAUAUUUGUCAAGGCAGCUUGCACAGUCUACUUACACAUUCAUACAGAUUACAGACACAAAAAUCUGGUGCAACAGAAGGAGGCCAAAUUGAGAGUGAGUGCUUGGGAUUUGAUUAUGUAAAAAAAAAAAAAAAAAAAAAAUCACCACAGGAGUGAGAUCGUUCUAAGUGCUUGUCUUUAAGCCAUUAGAAGCAUAUAAAUGCUUUCGGUAAUUCCUUGACUAUGUCAUCCAAUCUCCGUAAAGGUAUACCCAACAUUAAUUUUGUGGUGGAGGACACUCAUUCUUUGUCUACACAUGUUCUUUCACAGAUAAAGUUUGGUGUACGUAAAAGGAGCUGCAACUUGUGACCUGAUUGAUAGCUCACCUCCAAUAUAAAAAGCUCCCAUUUCUUCAA